AUGUCGCAACGAAUUCAUCUUAACCCGAAUGCCCAAAGACAACAACCCAUGAUGGGGAUGCAAGGAGGUGGAUAUACACCUGAUCCAAUCUCAAGACCAUCUCCAGCAAACGUAGGAGGAAGUGAUGACUUCUUGGGAAAAGUUCAAGCUUAUAGUAGUAAAAUUGAGGAUCUGAUUGAAGCUUAUACCCAGCCAAUUAGACCUUAUGUACCCGCCAUGGCUCGAUUCUUGAUCGUUGUCACUUUCCUUGAAGACGCCAUUCGAAUCUUGACUCAAUGGUCUGACCAACUUUGGUAUCUCCAAAAACAUCGAAAAUUCCCAUGGGGUCUAUCUCACCUGUUCUUACUUAUCAACGUCUUUGCAAUGUUGGCUGGAUCAACAGGUGUAAUCGCUAAACGGUACCCUGACUAUUCGGUAUUCUGUUUACUCGGUGUUGUAGUUGCACAAGGUCUCGGCUAUGGACUGCUCUUUGAUCUUUCAUUCUUCCUUCGGAAUUUAUCUGUAAUCGGUGGUCUACUGAUGGUCCUCUCUGAUUCUUUACAAAAUAAGAAGAAAUUAUUUGCUGGAAUCCCUUCUUUAAGCGAAACUGACAGACGAAAGUACUUCCAACUUGCUGGACGAAUCCUACUCAUUUUCCUUUUCAUGGGAUUCAUUUUCCAAGGAUCAUGGUCAUUCGCCAGAGUACUAGUUUCAGUCGUGGGAUUAGGAGCUUGUGUCAUGGUAGCUGUAGGAUUCAAAGCUAAAUGGAGUGCCACUUUCCUUGUCGUACUUUUGAGCGUUUUCAACGUAUUCAUCAAUAAUUGGUGGUCCGUACAUUCAGCUCAUCCUCAACGAGAUUUCUUGAAAUACGAUUUCUUCCAAACUCUUUCAAUCGUCGGUGGUCUCCUCUUACUUGUUAACAUCGGUCCAGGUGGAUUCUCCGUUGAUGAAAAGAAGAAGGUCUAUUAA